AUGAAGAGGUUGAGGCUCCUGAGAUGGAGCGGGAGUGUACUCUCACCACGAACGAGACCCGACAUCCUCCCUUCUCCGUUCUCCAGUAUACGACGCUUCCAAGCAAUAGCAGCUGUCCCCGCUGGUGCUGAAGAUGUCUUUGAGGCACCUACGACAGAUGGACCAUACCUUCCUGAAGAAACGCUCAUGACAUUACCCUCACCUCCGGUCACCGCGGCGAGAACAUCUGCGAAAUUAGCAGCCCUCCAUGCUCGGUUAUCCCUCCCAUCACGGUUCCCUCUUGAGACAUUAGCAAGGACUCUGGUGGACGAGUCCGCGGACACCUCAAUACGGUUCAACAACAAACCGUUUGCUUUGCUUGGCAAUGACUUGCUGGGUUACUACACAUCCGAGUAUAUCAUCAGCCAGUAUCCGAGAUUACCGCUUGCGGUGGUUUAUGCCGCAAUGUAUGCAUACCAUGGCCCAGCGACCUUGACACAGAUGGCUAGGGAAUGGGGUGUGGAAGCCGCAGCAGAACCAGGUGGUGAGGUUGACCCCGGGCUACUACAAUUCAAGAGAAUGCCGCCGGACACAAGAUUAGAGAAGGAUAGUCCAGACGCAGUCGCUAAGAGCAGCGACCCACGGGCAACAUGGACCCGAACCCUGAGCGCAAAGUCGGUGCACUACGAUCAAUUUGGCGAACCACUAGAGCGACCGGUAGACCCAGAACAUCUCAAAUCCAAGGGCGUCACCCUGCAACGGGCAAGCACCAACUUUGUGAGGGCUGUCAUCGGCGCGGUAUAUCUGCAUGCUGGACGGGCAGCAGCGAAGAAAUUUUACAGCGACCACUUCAUGUCUCGCCAAUUAGACAUGUCGAGUCUUUUUCAGUUCAAGACCCCGACUAGGGAUCUGAGCAAACUUUGUGGAAGAGAAGGGUUUCAGGCACCCGUGGCCAAAAUACUGAGCGAGACGGGACGCAAAAGCAGAACGCCUGUGUAUGUUGUUGGGAUUUACUCAGGCAGCGACCUGUUGGGCGAGGGUGCAGGAGCCAGCCUUGACGAGGCAAGGACUCGCGCCGCAGUCGCCGCAUUGAAGGGCUGGUAUCUUUACAGCCCGACCGAGUUCCGGUUACCCAGCGAGACCGAAGAGCCGGCAGCCAAGCCAUGGACGCCUAUUCUGGUGGACGUAGGCGAGGUUGUCGCCUAA